UCCAUCUCCCUGCAGCAGCAACGGCCCGCCUGCCGGCCCAUCUCCAGGCGAGCCCCCCUGCCGGCCCUGGAGAGGCAGGGGGACAUCAUCCUGGGGGGGCUCUUCUCCCUCCACGACGCCAUGCUGGAACCCGACCUGUCCUUCAUCUCCGAGCCCGACCGCAUGCUCUGCACGGAGUUUAACUUCAGAACCUUCAGGUGGCUGCAGACCAUGAUUUUCGCAAUUGAGGAAAUCAACAAAGAUGGUCAUCUUCUCCCAAACGUGACACUGGGGUACAAAAUCUACGAUUCGUGCAGCACCCCUGCUCAUGCCCUGCGGGCAGCCAUGUCCCUGAUGAGUGGGCAGGGCGAGGCAAGUGCGGAGCCCAAUUGCAGCCCUGCUGUGCCCGUUGUCAUCGGUGAUGGUGGUUCAACCCUGUCCCUGGUUGUGGCACGUAUCCUGGGAGUGUUUCAUGUGCCACAGGUGAGCUACUUCUCCAGUUGUGCGUGUCUGAGUAACAAGGAUGAGUUCCCUGCCUUCAUGAGGACCAUGCCAAGUGACUUCUUUCAGGUAGAUGCCCUGGCCCUGCUAGUGCGUCACUUUGGCUGGACCUGGGUGGGGUCAGUAGCCGGGGACGACGCCUACGGCCGGCAGGGCGUCCAGAUAUUCAACGAGGAGGUGAGCAAACUGGGGGCCUGUGUGGCGUUCCACGAGGUCAUCCCCAAAAACCACGAGAGGGGCAGGAUGUCCCGCAUCGUGGAGAGGAUCCGGCACUCGGGGGCACGGGUGGUGCUGGUGUUCGCCCUGGAGCAGGACGCGGGGGCGCUGUUCCGGGAGGUGCUGAGGCAGAACCUGACAGGGAUCCAGUGGCUGGCCAGCGAGGCCUGGAUCACCGCGGCUGUGCUCACGGCCCCGCGCUUCCACCCCAUCCUGCAGGGCUCCGUGGGCUUUGCCAUCCGCAGGGUGGACAUCCCGGGGCUGCAGCCCUUUCUGCUGCGCCUGCAUCCCUCCACGGCCGGGGAUGACCCCUUUGUGCCUGAGUUCUGGGAGGAGACAUUCGGCUGCUCCUUGCAGGGGGGCAGGGGUGGCAAGCCCCCUUGCACUGGUGCUGAGCAGCUAGCCAGCACAAAGAAUAUCUACUCAGACGUGACACAACUCAGGAUUUCCUACAAUGUGUAUAAGGCAGUGUACGCCAUUGCUCAUGCCCUGAAUUCCAUGCUUAAAUGUGAACCAGACAAAGGCCCUCACCCUGGGCAGGCCUGCCUUGACUCUUCCAGCAUCCAGCCAUGGCAGCUUUUGCAUUACUUAAGGCGGGUGGAAUUUACCAGUUUUGGAGAGGAGACAAAAUUCGAUGAAAAUGGGGACCCUGUUGCAAUGUAUGAUCUGAUAAACCUGCAGAUCACAGGCAAUGGGACAGUGGAGUUUGCCACUGUGGGUAAAUUUGACGGCACUCUAUCCCUCAGCAAAAAACUGGAGAUUGAUGAGAAAGCCAUCAUCUGGAAUGGACAGCAGAGACAAGCCCCCGAGUCUGUCUGCAGCAGCAGCUGCCCCCCCGGAACCCGCAAGGCCAUCAAGCCUCAGUUCCCUGUCUGCUGCUUUGACUGCGUUGUCUGUGCAGCUGGGGAGAUUAGCAAUCAGACAGAUGCCAUAGAGUGUCUGAAAUGCCUGCCAGAGUUCUGGUCUAACUCAAAAAGGGACAAAUGCGUUCCGAAGCAGGUGGAGUACCUGUCAUACGGGGACACGAUGGGCAUCACCCUCCUGGCUGUGGCCCUGCUGGGGGCCUGCUGCACGGUGGCCGUGGCCGUCAUCUUCGUCUGCUACAGGACCACACCCAUCGUCCGGGCCAACAACUCAGAGCUGAGCUUCCUGAUCCUGUGCUCGCUGGUGCUCUGCUUCCUGUGUGCGCUGACCUUCAUCGGCCAGCCCACCACCUGGUCCUGCAUGCUGCGCCACAGCAUCUUCGGCAUCGCCUUCGUCCUCUGCAUCUCCUGCAUCCUGGGCAAGACCAUCGUGGUGCUGAUGGCCUUCAGGGCCACCCUCCCCGGGAGCAGGGUGAUGAAGUGGUUCGGCCCGACCCAGCAGAGGGCCAUCAUCUUCCUGUGCACCUCGGUGCAGGUUUUGAUCUGCAGCCUGUGGCUGGCGCUGUCGCCCCCGUCCCCGCGGAGGAUGAUGCCGCGCGACAGCGCCCGUAUCAUCCUCCUGUGCAACGUGGGCUCCGCCCUGGCCUUCUGCCUAGUGCUGGGCUACAUCGGCACGCUCUCCUGCCUCUGCUUCCUGCUGGCCUUCUUGGCUAGGAAGCUGCCGGGCAACUUCAACGAGGCCAAGCUCAUCACCUUCAGCAUGCUCAUCUUCUUCGCCGUGUGGAUCGCCUUCGUGCCUGCCUACGUCAGCUCGCCUGGGAAGUACACCACGGCCACGGAGAUCUUUGCCAUCUUAGCAUCCAGCUUUGGACUCCUGGUCUGUCUGUUUUUCCCAAAAUGCUACAUUAUACUAGUCAAACCAGAGAAAAACACCAGGAAGCAUCUUAUGGCUAAAUCUGUGUUAGAGAAGCGACAUUAA